AUGCCGACCGGUUCGAUUCCUCGCCAAUCUUUGUUUGGUCUGGAAGACCAACAUGUUUUCAUUGCAGGCGCUGCCGGUCCCAUUGGAGCCGAGGCAAUCCGAGAAUUCUUAGAUCACGGAUGCCAUGUCACAGCCUUCGAUAAUAGCCCACUUCAUCUCUCCGGCAUUGACGCAGAGCGAUUUUCUCGAUUCAACAUCCUAAAUGGCGACAUAACCAACGAGUCAUCUGUCCAGUCUGCCUUCUCGAAGGCAGAGGAAAGAUUCGGACCUGUCAAUAUUCUCAUCGUCAACUCUGCUCAAGAAGAGUCAACCCAUGAUCAAAAAAUUUGGGAUCUUCCCCUUGAUGACUGGGAAAGGAGCUACAAAUUGAACGUUCGUGGUUCUUUCCUGGCCAUCAAACAUUUCUUACGAUGCGUGGAAUUGUAUCAGCGAACACCAGGAAACAAUUUGGUGAACCCAACUAUCAUUUUGACAGAAACUAAGACGCACGGAGGCCUUUCUGUGGGAAAAGCUGGGCUCCAUUAUGGUCUGCUUCAGACUGUGCGAAACCAAAUUCUACAGCUCAGCCCCGAGGGUCGUAUCAAUGUCGUAAUAUCUGGUUCAAAUGCAGAAGCGAACAACAAAGUCAUUGCCCCUGCUAAUGUAGCUCGAACCAUGACCUUUCUGGCCUCGAGACGCCUUGCAAGUCAUAUAACAGGGCAGUGUAUUCCAAUCGAGGGGCAGGAACCAUCUAGAAAUGGUGUUUCCACGCUUGUUGCAAAACGAAGCCCUACACAGUCAAUUCCGCGAGGUCUUGGAAAGCCGAAACGCAACAAGAUUCGAGUGGCCGUGUCAGUUGAUCUCGAUGCAGUCUCAGGAUGGCUUGGAACAAACGCAAGCCCCGAUAAUGUUCUAGCAGAUUACUCGGCCGGAUUUUUUGCAGCUCACGUCGGAGUCCCUCGAUUGUUGCGCAUGCUUAAGAAACUCGACAUCGCCGACCGUUGCACUUGGUUCAUCCCCGGUCACUCAGCCGAAAGUUUCCCAGAGGAAGUGAAACAAGUCGUUGACUCAGGCUGCGAGAUCGGACUUCAUGGCUAUGCGCACGAGGGAGCUUACCAGCUCACCCCAGAACAAGAACGCGACGUCCUUGUGCGGUGCAUGGAUAUCGCGCAUACCCUGACGGGCAAGAGGCCAGUGGGCUACCGAGCACCCCUAUACCAGCUUCGCGAAUCCACCCUCGAUCUUUUGGAGGAGUAUGGAUUCGAAUACGGUAUGCAUGAUCCCCAUAGUAUUAAAUCUGGGCAUCGUAUCGCAUCACAAAUUAACCUCCCCAUUUUUCCAAAACUAGACGCUUCCCUGACCGAUAAUGACUGCCAUCCAUUUUUUGCUCCCAAGCGACCGCCAAUCAAGCAAAUCGAUUUCUCCAAACCAGCCUCAACCUGGAUGCACCCUGUUCGAGAUUCAGUAUCUCCGCCCGAUAGACGUCCCCUUGUCUGUGUCCCAUGCAACUACUACAUGGAGGAUAUGACGCCGAUGCAGUUUCUGCCCCACACGGCAAAUUCUCAGGGAUAUGUGGAUGUGCGUGUUAUCGAAAAUCUUUGGCGUGAUCGGUUUUUGUGGAUUCGGGAUAACGAGGAGGAGCCAGUCUUCCCUCUUUUGAUGCAUCCGGAUACCAGUGGCAUGGCUCAUGUUAUUGGUAUGUUGGAGCGAAUGCUGAGGUGGUUGAAGGAGUGGGAAUGUGAGGGGGAGGUAGAGUUUCUGCAGACUGGAGAAAUUGCGAGGUGGUGGAAAGAGAAGCAGCUGGGAAAGGAAGCCAAGUGA